AUGGCGAUAAUACCGUCUCUCGUCAAUUUCCUAUUAUCUGUCGGGCCUGCAAUCACGGGCGGGGGAUCCCAUAAUCAUGUAGGAUUAGGGCCAACGUAUUAUCCGCCGCUGGAUUAUAAGCCUAAACCGACGGGUAUUCCAUUCACGUUGAAAAACGAUACUGCGGUGGCCGAACCGCAGAACAGCCAUAUCCCCGUCACUACCACGAGUGUGAACAGUAUCCUGGACAGUACCCUGGCCCCCGAACAGUCGACGAGCACCAGCUCCUAUAUUCUUCCCAGCGUUGGUGAUAGCAGUUUCGCCACCAACACCCCCACGAGUACUAGCAGCGUUACGGUGCCCAUGCCGCAGACGACGGAUAGCAGUAUUGCAUCCGCUGUUUAUUCAAGCACAAGCAGCUCUGCAGUAGCAGUGUCAACACAGCAAUUAAGCAGCACCAGCACCAGCACCAACACCAGCGGUAGCGAAACCCCCGAGCAGCCUACUAGCAGCAGCACAGCCCCCGUUUAUCAGACCCCCAGUGCCACUGCAGCAUCAGAGCAACCGGAAGCUACCAGCACCCCCUCCGCUUAUACGACUCCGACUCCCACCGCGGUACCCGAGCAACAGACAGCCAACAGCACCUCCGAAGAUAUUCAUGCAACCUUGGAUAGCAACGAAUCGACCGGACAACAAGUCAACAACAAUACCCAGACCGGCCAAAAUUGGGGAUCGUGCGGCGCGGGUGGUGCAGCUGGCUACUGGUACGCGAACAUCGAGCACAAUGGCCAAUCUUCCUUUUUGGAAUCGGGAUCGAAAGAAAACUAUACCGUGUUUCGCAACGUGGUUACGGAUUUCAACGCCGACAAUACGGGACAGAAAGACGCCUCUGGGGCGAUUCAAAAUGCAAUCCAGGGUAUGGUUGACCUUCCAUUGGUACAGGGCGUAUUCUAA